UUUCUUCUUGGUCUUCCUCCAUCUCCACAGUAGAAGCAGAAACAGAGCCAAAAACAGAGCUCCCCUGCCAGUCCAAACCCACAAAUGGAGGAGAACUCACAGUUAGAUCAAAUCUUGGUCGCUUCCUCCUCCUCCAGCAGCAGCAAUGGUCUCGCAAAGGGCGGCUUCAGGGCCUUGCCCUUCAUCAUAGUAACCGAUGGAUUGGAGAAAGUGGUGACUUACGGCCUCGGCGCAUCGAUGAUUCUCUACCUGACGAGAGAGUACGGCCUGGAGAAUGCUGCUGGUGCGCAAGUGAUGUUCAUAUGGACCGCGGCGAUCAACUUCGUCCCCGUCCUCGCGGCCUUUCUAGCCGAUUCUUAUGUGGGUCGGUACUGGAUGAUCGGGUUUGGAUCCAUCGCUUCCAUUCUGGGAACUUUUUCCUUAUGGCUAACGGCUGCAAUACCAGAGGCCAGGCCGCAACACUGUGCUGGUGAUGCUCAUUCUACAGGAAGCUGCAGACUGCCAGCCACGACGACGCGACAGCUGAUGUUCCUGUACGCGUCGUUGGGCCUGAUCUCGAUCGGAUCAGGGAGCAUGAGAUCGUCCUGCAUGGCGUUCGGUGCUGACCAGAUGAUGAUGGUCAGCACCAAAAGGGGAUCUUCAAGGGUGCUGGAGAGCAUCUUCAGCUGGUACUACAUUUCGACGGCGAUUGCGAUUCUGCUGGCCAUAACUGUCAUAGUUUACAUCCAGGAUUCUGCUGGCUGGAGUGCUGGUUUUGGAGUCUGUGUGGUGCUCAUGGUGUUGUCUGCAGUUUCCUUCUUCUCGGCUUCUGUGUUCUAUGUGAAGCCGGUGGCCAAAGCAAGCUUGUACGUUGUAUUCGAACCAACUGAUUCUCGACAUAAUCAUCCUGUUCCUGCUGAUGCUUUCAGGUUUCUGAACAAGGCCUGCAUCAUUCAACACCCCGAACAAGACCUAACACAGGAAGGCAAACCAACUCAUCCAUGGCGCCUCUGCACCGUAGAACAAGUCGAGGAUCUCAAAUCCGUAAUCCGAAUCAUCCCAAUCUGGUCAGCAGGGAUGCUAAUGUCCGUCACAGCAAGCCAGCAAUCCAUCCAGCUGCUCCAACUCGCCACCAUGGACCGCCACAUUACUCCGAAAAUCGAGAUCCCAGCAGGCUCCUUCAGCAUCUUCCUAGUCCUCACUCUACUAAUUUGGGUUCCCCUCUACGACCGAGCCAUCCUGCCCUUAGCCUCAACCCUCAGGGGACGGCCCGUCUCGCUUCCCCUGAAGACGAGGCUGGGGCUCGGCAUCCUGCUCUCCUCUGCCUCCAUGGCCGCACUGGGCCUCGUGGAGAGCAUUCGUCGAGCCAGGGCGCUCGACGAGGGGCUCUCCGACGAUCCCAAUGGGAUCGUGGACAUGUCCGCGAUGUGGUUUUUGUUGUACUACGUGCCAUUUGGGGUGGCGGAGGCGUUUAACUACAUUGGACAGAACGAGUUCUACUACAGCGAGCUGCCGAGGAGCAUGGCUAGCAUCUCCACGACUCUGUAUCAGAUGGGGCUGUCGGUGUCGAAUCUGGUGGCGAGCUUGGUGCUGAGCGUCGUGGAUCGCGCGACGAGAGGUGAUGGUGGUGGAGGGAGCUGGGUGGGGAGCAACAUUAACAAGGGGCACUAUGAUUACUACUACUGGGUUUUGGCUGUGGGCGGGCAGCCAUUGUUAACCAUCCUUAGCUUCCAUUCCAUCAUCGUCACUUCUUCCUUUCUCAUGGCGGAGCAGAGCAACGGUAGACAGUUCGACGACGGCGAGGAUGACAACAAAACGGCCCUCCUCCUUUCUCGCGAACGUCGCUCCCCCAACCCUAUGGAGAAGAAGCAGAAGAAGACUGCUGCUGCUGCUGCAAAGGGUGGCUUCAGAACCAUUCCAUUCACCAUGUUGAACGAGGCGUUUCAGACGUUGGUAAGCACGGGGCUGAACGCGAACAUGGUGAUCUACCUGACGACUGAGUUCCACAUGGCGGCAGCCGCGGCUUCCAGCGUCAUCUACCUGUGGAGCUCGGCUUCCAGCACCAUGGCCAUCUUUGGUGCUUCGCUAGGCGACUCUUCCCUCGGCCGGUUUCGCGUCAUCCUCCUCUGCUCCUGCUUCUCCCUUCUCGGAACCACUCUGUUGUGGUCAACAGCUAUGCUCCCUGACCUCAGGCCACCGCAAUGCAAGCCAUUACUAUCAUCAUCAUCUCAACCCAAUUGCUCGUCGUCGUCGGCGGCCACCAGAUUCCAGCUGGCCAUCUUGUACUCCUCCCUAGCUAUAAUCGCCCUCGGCUCCGGCUCCCUUCUGCCAUGCUCCUUAGCAUUCGGCGCAGACCAACUCCACAACAAAGACAACCCUGACGACAAGGCCUUGCAAGGCUUCUUCAACUGGUACUACGUUGGCAGCGGGACAGCCGCGUUGCUGGGCCUCACCCUUCUCGUCUACGCUCAGGACGCCUACGGUUGGGAGAUAGGGCUCGGCGUCUCAGCUUUCCUCAUCUUGUUCUCCACGCUGCUGUUCCUGCUUCCUUCCUCGAGUUAUGUGAAGCACGAGCCGGAGAGCAGCUUGCUCGUCGGGUGCUUUCGCGUUGUUGUGGCUGCGGUCAGGAAGGCUGCUGAUGCUAGGUUCGAGAAUGAUGAUGAGUUAGGGAGUCUGGUUGGUGGUGGCCGGUUUUUUCAUGGUCGUGUUGGGUCCGAUGAUGGCAGCUUCGUUAUGACCUUCCCGACUCAUAACUUCAGGUGCCUGAACAGAGCUUGCUUCAUGGCCAAUCCAGAGACUGACAUAAAUCCUUCAGACGGUUCAGCGACGGAUCCAUGGAGUCUAUGCACCGUAGAAGAAGUAGAAGCUCUGAAAUCAAUCCUUCGAGUCCUGCCCGUUUGGUCCACUGGGAUCCUGUUCCACGUCAGCGUAUCUCAGUACCCUCUGAUAACUCUUCAAGCAGAAACCAUGAACCGACGUAUCUUCCCGAACUCGAGCUUCCAAAGCCCACCUGCCUCCCUCAACAGCUUCGGUCUCGUAAGCUUCACCCUCAGCAUCAUCCUCUACGAAUCGGUAUGCGUCCCACUCUUGGCCAAGGUCACGGGGGAUCCUCGUGGCAUCAGCAACAAAGUCCGAAUCGGGGCAGGGAUGGUCCUGUCCAUGGUCGCCAUGGCGCUUUUAGGAGUUGUGGAGAGUGUCAGGAGGGGGAUGGCAAUCCAACACCCUGAUGCAGCGACCGUGGACAUGUCAGUGCUCUGGCUGGUGCCGACGCUGGCUCUGCUUGGAAUGGCACUGACUCUGAACGCCAUUGGGCAGGUUGCGUUCUACUAUUCGCAGCUGCCGAAAUCCAUGGCCAGCAUCGCUGCUUCGCUCUCAACUAUGAGUGGGGCUGUCGGCAGCCUGGUUUCGAGCUUGUUGAUCAACGCCGUCGAUGGUUUGACUUCUGGUGGGGAGAAGGUUAGCUGGUUGUCGACCGAUCUUGACGAGGGCCACUUGGAUUACUACUAUUUGCUCAUUGCUGGACUCUGCCUGGCAAAUUUUGUGUACUUCUUGCUCUGCUGCCGGGCUUUUACAUCGCCUGCAGCUUCAUUACCAUAG